ACGCGCCGUGGUUUCCCGGUUACUGAAUUUGUGUGACCGAAUACCGUACUAAUAGCGAUUGUAAAAAAAUGUUUUCCGGUGGCCUCAGACGUAUCGCAUCCGCACGGUUUCGCCAGUUGUCCGUGUUUACAGUUAAACCGACUGAACGUAUCAUCGUUUGUAAACUUUCACGCUUCGGUUGUAGUGUAGCGGAUUUUAACACAGCUUGUGUGUUGCAAGCUAAGAAAUUCUCCGAUAAUGAAAAUGAUUAUGCACGGGAAAUUCUCCAGCACACGGUAGCUGGAACACCCCUAAAUACAAGGGUUCAAGUGGCAUUGGCGGCUUCUGAGCCAGUCGAGUUCGAGCCUGAAACCAAUUGGUGUGCUCUCUCCGAACGUGAUUUGAUACAUCAGUUCCGUCAGAUAGUAGAACUUUGUCGGCGAGAUGAGCUGCUCAUUUCCGAUGACCGAUUUGAUGGAUUUGUCGCAUCACUAGUGAAUCGAACUACCAAAUUUAGUGACGAUGAUUUAGUAGAGUUGUUGCAAUUGUUAGUCGGACUGGGUCCUACGCCCAAGGUCAAUACCAGGAACUUUCUUGAAAUAUGGCAGGCUCUGGAUAAAGAAUGUCUAAGUCGAGUUAGUGGAUGGGAUACAGAUAAGCUGCUGUAUGUGGCCGACCAAUGGUACCCUUUGCGUUUAGCAAAGAUCGGAAAGUUUGUCAACAAAGUUGUUUGGAAAAUUAGUAAUCGACUGCGAAAACUGACAAAAGACCAAUUAGUUCGAACAAUGUUUUAUAUUAAUGUGGUUCGAACACCUUUGGAAAAUAUGGUAGACAUUGAAAUAAAUUGGAAGCAGAAUUUCUACCUUUUCGAAAUAGAUGAUGUGGCGAUCCUUUGUAUGGGAUUUUUUAAAACAGAAACACCAAUUAGAAGUACCGAACUGAUCGAGAGAAUCUAUCAGCUGACAAUGCACCACGCAGGGGACAUAAAAGAUAUUAGUUUGGCUGCGAUUCUGAAGCUUCUACGUUAUUCAUCUAGAAUACCUAAUGCACAAUCGAUGGAACAGCUUUUGAAGGUGUUCACUCCACAGGUGGAAAGGCUUUCGCUGUUUUGUUGCUUGCAUUUGGCUCUACUAGGAAGUGAUCUUCAUCUUUGUUAUCAGCCAUGCAUUGAAGCUAUUCUCGAACGAUUUACCAGGGAUAUCAAAUUGCUACGACUGAAGGACAUGGAACGAAUAUCGUUUAUAAUUGCGCAUUAUAAUAUGAUGAUUCCGAAUAAGAAAGAUUUAAGAUUGCUAGAAGCAAUCUUAGAUGAAUUGCCAACUCGUAUUCCAGAAAUAACUCAAUAUCCCAAAAGCUAUCUCUCACUGUUAAACUUUCUGUCUCUUAGAGAUGUGUAUAGUGUAGACUUGAUAACUGCAGCUUUUGAACCCCGUUUCUUGCAUUUAACCUACGGUCGAAAUAUAGGAGGGGCAGGCAGAGAGGUAAUCGGUUUAGAUUCCUAUUUGCGGAUCAAUCUCCCCGAAGGAGAAUACACUGGACCUUAUUUUCCCGAAAAACACUUCAAAGUGAUAGCAAAGCUGACACAGGACUACGUACCAAGUGCAGAGUACCGGCUGACCAAAUCGGACCGAAUGCUGUUGGAAAUUCAAGAAGCGUUUCAGAAGCGAUAUACGUUUGCGCACAUCAUUCAUGUAUUGCCACACUAUCAGCGGCCAGAUGUGGUAGUGUUGUGGGAUAACGAUCAGCAGCAAUUCUUGGACGUGGCAGCAAAAUGUCCGAAACAGUACUCUGGUAAGAUUCUUAGCAGAAACUUUCUAUUAGGAGAGGACAAUGCUAAAAAGGAUCUUCGCUUAAUUGCAAUCGUUGCCGGUUCGUGGAACUGUUACAUUCGGGAUCAAAACCGAAUUACGGGAGGAUUUGCUAUGAAGCUAAAACAGCUAGGAUUAAUCGGGUUUGAAACGAUUGUGAUACCCUGGCAUGAGUGGCCACUUGAGUCAAAACAAGCCAAAGAUUCCUACCUACUAAUGAAGCUAAACCAAUUGGUGCCACUAAAUCAACGGACAUAGUCAUCGUCAUUCACAAACUACUGCAACGUUACUCAGAAGAGCCUCUAAACGAACAGCUCGGUCAUGAACCGUUUUGUGUACUCAUAGACGACGAAAAGAACUGCCGUAGCAGGAAUGGUUCGUACGAUGGUCGGCUGUAAUCCGUUAUACA